UAAUUUUCUGUGCUUCUGUGUUUUAGAAUUCUGUGGAUUGAUAAUGGACUAAAGUAAACAGAAACUAUUUCCAAAUGUAAUGGCCGAUGAAGACUUUGACAAGGACCUGUAUAAAAAUUGGGUCCGUGGUGCCAAAGGUUUAGAGUACUUACAAGAAGGACUUCAAAACUUUGUUGGAGAUAAAGUGCAACAGUGUCGUAACCAAUCCUUGCAAAAUAUAACAGAUGUCUUGCCCACAGAAUCUGCACAUCAAUGCAAUGAAUGUACGACUGAAAAUCUUUUGCCUGAACACACGAAAAAGAAGAAAGCCUGUAAUAGAAGCACGUGUCUAGAAAAAUCCCCAAAUAACUGCUUUGGUAGUAAACCAAAUGGUCGUAGAAAAUGCCCGAAUGGAAUAUGCAGUCAAUUAUAUGAUAAAAUUAUACUUGAACAUUCCUCGAGAGAUCCGCUUUGGAAGAAUACAGACCCAAGUACGUGGUGUUCAGAUCCGCUUGGGUGGAGCUAUGGAAAAUGUUUCCAAACAACAUCAGGCCCUGGUAUUUCAGCUAGCACAACUGAUGCUGCCGGACUCCUUAGCAUUCUUAUCAAUAACAUAACGCUACAGAACGACUGGCUUGCGUGCAAUGAUAUGUCAAAAGAAACGUGUCCUUUUAACAGGGCGAGAGACAUCCGUAAUGCAAUUUUACACAGUUCAAAACUCGAACUUGAUGAACCGACGUUAGGUUAUUAUUUAGAUACGUUCAUAACAGUCCUUCAAGAUGCAAAAUGUCUACUCAACUACAAUGGAUCGAAACAAGCUGUUGAUAAACUAUCACAGUUGAAAAAUCAUCAAAUCAAUAUUAGCCAAAAGGAUGAAACAAGACUAAUACAAAGUCGGAAAGAAGCCUUGUCUGAACUAGAGGAGAGGACGGCAGAGGGACUGCGCAAAAUUAAAGAAGCAACUGCAACUGCAAACUCUGAUUUAGAAGAGACAAGGCGAGUAGCAGAACAGAAAAUUGGGGAUAAAACGAAAGCUUCUGUAUCUGAAUUAGAGGGAAGGACAGCAGACAGACUGCACAAAAUUGACGACAAAACUGCAACUGUAAAGUCUGAUUUAGAAGAGACAAGGCGAGUAGCAGAACAAAACAUUACGGAUAAAACGAAAGCUUCUGUAUCUGAAUUAGAGGAAAGGACAGCAGACGGACUGCACAAAAUUGACAACAAAACUGCAACUGUAAGGUCUGAUUUAGAAAAGACAAGGCGAGUAGCAGAACAAAACAUUACGGAUAAAACGAAAGCUUCUGUAUCUGAAUUAGAGGAAAGGACAGCAGACGGACUGCACAAAAUUGACGACAAAACUGCAACUGUAAAGUCUGAUUUAGAAGAGACAAGGCGAGUAGCAGAACAGAACAUUAAGGAUAAAACGAAAGCUUCUGUAUCUGAAUUAGAGGGAAGGACAGCAGAAGGACUGCACAAAAUUGACGACAAAACUGCAACUGUAAAGUCUGAUUUAGAAGAGACAAGGCGAGUAGCAGAACAAAACAUUACGGAUAAAACGAAAGCUUCUGUAUCUGAAUUAGAGGAAAGGACAGCAGACGGACUGCACAAAAUUGACGACAAAACUGCAACUACAAAGUCUGAUUUAGAAGAGACAAGGCGGGUAGCAGAACAGAACAUUAAGGAUAAAACGAAAGCUUCUGUAUCUGAAUUAGAGGAAAGGACAGCAGACGGACUGCACAAAAUUGACGACAAAACUGCAACUGCUCUAUCUAUUUUCAACAGAAGUGUUGAUAACAGAAUUAAAACUGCUGUGUCUGAUAUAGAAAAGACUGAAACUACGGUCAAUGGUGCGGCGACAAGUGCUGGAUUAACUCCACAUCUAUCAGCAGCGGUUCAAGAUGCCUAUCUUAGACGGAAAACAGACCUGAGAGACGAUUUGGUAAUAUUCUACAGAGACACGCACAGUUCUAUACCACUUUCACCGCUGUUUGAGGAGCACGACACUCCAUUGGUAGAUUUUUACGUUUUGCCACAAAUGAAUUCCAUUGAAGUGCAGAGCAUGUUUUCGGUAGUGGGAGAAAUUAAAACUCCAGUCAAGUUGUCGGACAUGUUCAAGUCGGGAAACAAACGGAGUCGUGAAAUAUAUUUAAUUGCUGACGCCGGUUUUGGGAAAACUGCAUUUUCAAAAUACCUUGCUGUAACGUGGUGCCAGGCUCAUCGUCCAGAAAAGAAAUUUGAAAAAUAUUUCUCAGAAGAUGCAAUAGAUGCAAUGCGAGAAUUCGACUUUCUAUUUCUGGUGUUGUUACGGGAUUCUUCUGAGGGUUGCAGUAUUGAUGAUUUGAUAGUAAAUCAAAUUGUGCAAAAUUUAUCACUCUCAUGCACUAUGACAAUAAGUUCCCUACAUGAGAUCCUACAUCGUGAAAGAUGUUUAGUAAUUCUUGACGGACACGAUGAGUGGAUCCAUCCUGGGAAAAAAUGUGUAAAACUACCAAAAACUAUACCUCAUCGUAAUGCACGGGAAAAGUGUACAGUCCUGACAACGACAAGACCUUGGAAAUUAAGUGCCAUUAAUCUUAAGACUAGUCAGAUAGAUAAGAAAGUAGAGUUAGAAAAACUAACCUCACGAACAGCACAAACGUUGAAGGAAAGGGCAAUUUCAAAAAUAAAAAAUCUAAAUGUUGCUGAAGCCAAACGCUUGGCAAAGGCUUUGAGUACAAAAAUCAAGGAGAAGCAACUCGAUAAUCUGGAAUCCGUUCCCCUCCUUUUGAUGUAUCUCAUUUGUUUAUGGUGUGACGAUCUUCCUCUAGGAAAGUCAAAGGGUGAACUAUAUACAAACAUUAUUGAACUCCUGCUGUCAAGAACAGUUAACAAGUACCCGGAACUAGAAAUAACGAGCGAAUCAUCCCAGAGUGAUAUCCUACAAUUCUGGAGUGAACACGUACAUUGUAAGAAAUAUUACGCGCUUCUGAAAGCUUUAGGACAACUGGCAUUUGAAACAUUAUUCAGUAAACAACGUGGAAGCACGCUAGUAUUUAAUCAGUCAGUCACUGUGAAGUAUUUAAACAAAGACGAUUUGAAGUUAUGUCUUCUCUCAGGAAUAUUAACACAAAGUAAGGAAGUAAAAUUAACCAGUGAAAGUUAUAAAGUUUCGUUUUCCCACAAAACAGUACAGGAAUAUUUCUGUGCACAGAACAUUUGCUGCCAAAGUGAAAUUGAUGUCGAAAAAUUUGUGUUACAUAGAUUCAACAGUGUACAAAAUAUUCUUGAUAUGUCGACAGUGUUUAUUUUCAUCAGCGGAAUGGAAGCAAAAAUCAUGUCUUCAAUAUCACGCGAAUUAAUGUCUGUAAUCAGUGAAGAUCAAAUAACGAGAACAUACAGAUCUAUGGCACGUUGCGAUUACAGGUACGCUGAUCCUCUGGAAGACAUACAAAACAUGUACAUUUCUUGUUUGAAAGAAAACACGGACAACACUUCUCUUUGCUUCCAGGAUUUUAUCAUCGAUAAAGAAUGUCAACAACAAAAUCACUUUUUGAAUUUAAAACAGCUGGUGAUACACAAUAAAAGAACUAUUAUAUCAUUAAGGAUAGAAGGCAUUCGUUGUUUACGUGAACUUAUCGAUCAGUGUGAACUUGAUGACCUGCACAGCGUCAAGAAAAUUUACUACGUAGGGGACUGUAAGGAAGCGGAAAUUAUUCGGUUGUUGACAAACAAGUCGUUGGAAUGUGUAACUGUUUACUCAAGUACAUGGCAAGGUAAUAACUUUAUACCCAAACUUAGUUCUUGUUCCAGUGAACUGUCUAAAACAUUACAGAAUAUUUCUCAGUUACGAGCAAUUGAUAUCGAUUGUUUCAAGAUGGAGCACGAUGUGCUGAAGGAGUUUCUGAAUUAUAUUAUAAACAGAAAAUCAAUGGCGGAUAUUAGAUUGCAGAACUUACACUGUGUCACACACGAUAUUUCCUGCGGAGAAAUGAAUUUGGACUUUUCCCAGCAUUCAGAUCUAAGGACGUUAGGAUUGAGCUAUAUACCUGUGUCGCAAUUAAAAGUGAAUGUAUCGUCGUUAGAGGAUUGUAAUGUAGGAUAUUUAUCUAAACCCGGUCUGUCCACGUCAUUCCUGAGAGAGCUGACAGCAGCAAGUAAACUACACAGUUUUAGGUGUGGUGGUCUAAAAUCUUCCGUUGACAUUGAAACAUUGCUGCAGACAUUACCAUUGUUAGUUCCAGUGAAAGAAGUUAAGUUGGGGUUUAUCAACCUAGGUGAAAGGUCACUGUCUCUGUCACCGGAAAUGGUGAAUAUACAAGAUGUUUACUUGUAUAAGGUAACAAUGUCUGGUUCAUCAUUACGUAAUCUAGUUAAGGUAGUAGAGAAACUUCCACACUCAGUGACAGUAAGAAUGCUAGAUUGUAAUAUAACACCGGAAACAGAGUUUGCAGACGUUAAAAAAUAUAUAAAAACAUCGGAGAAUUUCGUGGUCACGUUUGAUGGAAUCGAUCGGUACGACUGGUACGAGUUUGUGUUUCAAACAACUGAAGCUGGAAGUCGAGUACAUUAAGUUAACCAUUGAACUUGGACUGAUAGUGUAAAUAUUUUAUAAACAUUACUCAUUGAAUAUAUGUAACAAAAAACAUAACACAUUGACAUAUGAAUCCAUGACAUGUAUGUACAGAGUUAAAAAUAGCCACGCUCGCGAGUGAAAUAGACACGGAAAUCAAUUCUAAUUUACAGAUGUACUGAAAAGGAGUUAAAGUAGUUAGUGCAUAGAUGGAAAGGAUGGACAUUCUCAUAUCUAAAUGGAUUUAUUACACAAAUAAGUUAUUUUAUUUUUAUUUAUUAUAAUCUACUAAAUAAUAAAUUCACUAUUUUUGAUAAAGUUACAUACAAUUGAAACACGUUAUGUUUAUUAGGAUUCUGGCCGUGAAACAGUUAAACAGUGAAACAGUGAAAGAGGUUUCAUAAUUUGAGAAAAGAAUUUGUUUAAAAUUCUAAUCCAUAAUCCACCACAAGUCUGUAGAGCUAUAUAAUAAAGACCCAACACCUAUUAGUAUAUAAUGAAGACAUCUCUUAAAAAAAAUUGCGCGUGCGUUUUUCCACCUGUCCGUCCGUCCGUCAUGAUUAGUGUCAGAAGCAUAACCCUUUAGUCAUUUGAGGUAUUGACUUCAAACUUAAUACAUAGGUAGAUGGCGAUGUGACGAUGUGCUGAGCGUUUGAAAGGGCUCUGUAGGUCAAAGGUCAAGGUCACAAAAUGUGCUGAAAGAUCACAAUUAGAAUAUUAUGUUCAUUAUAUUUUGUGUCCAGAUGCAUAACUGAAUAACAAUGAAAGAUGUUGACUUCAAAUUGGCAUGUAGGUAGGCAGGUGACGAUAAGAUGUCAUGUGUAUAGCUUAUGAACCGGAUCUGUAGGUCAAAGGUCAAGGUCACAAAUUGAGCUCAGAGGUCAAAUCUGUCCAUCAUAGGCCAAUUUCAUGUCGGGAGCAUAACCCAUUAACCGUUCAAGACGACCUGAAGACAAGUUACAUAACACUAGUUGUUACUAAAAUACUUUGCCAAAAAUAUUUGCCCCUAUCUAUAAGCCCUUUAUGCAUUAUGUGAUGGUGCGUGAACGCGUGCGUCUGUCUGUCUGUCAUUAUUCCUGUCCAGUGCAUUACUUUAAAUCUAUUAAAGUUAUUGACUUUAAACAUGACAUACAGGUAGAUGGCAAUGUGGCAAUGUGCAAAGUUCUUCAACUGGUGUUGUAGGUCAAAGGUCAAGGUCUCAAAUUGUGCUAAAAGGUCAAAAUUGGCCAUCAUAUUUUAUGUUUAGAGCAUAGCUAAAUAACCAUGAAAGGAAUUGACUUCAAACUUGUAGGAAGAUGGUGUAUAGACAAUGUUUAAAGAGAACAUAUCGGGUAUGUAGGUCAAAUGUCAAGGUCACAAUUUUAACUCUAAUAUCAAAUGUGUCUGUUUUAUUUAUGUCUGGAAUAUAGCUUAUUAAUCAUUCAAGGUAUUGACAUCAAACUUGAUAUGUAGGUAGGAUGUGAUGAGAUGAUAUACAGAGAGCAUGAACCAGGGAGGUAGGUCAAAAGUCAAAAGCUCACGCUCAGAGCAAGGUGAAAUUUACACAUCAUAUUAUAUAUUAUAUCUAGAGCAUUUAUUUAUAACUGUUAAAGGCAUUGUCUUGAAACUUGGAAUAAAGGCAGUUGUUGAUGCAGACUGCAAUAAACGACAUUGCAACCCGUCACACCCGGUGUCGCCCCCAUCAUUUAGCUAUUCUACUCACCCUGGCAUCACACCUUGGUUAAAGUUUAUGAUUUGCAUGCAAGUACAUUCAGCUAUCAUUUAAAGGCAUAAAGAUUUAAAACUUAUUUUUAGCUGACCUGAGUAAUGCUCAGGUGAGUUUGUGUAAUCGCUCGAUGUCCGGCGUCCGUCGUUUGUCUGUCUGUCGUCUGUCUGUCAACAUUUAGCUUCUGUAUGCGAUAGAGGCUGUAUUUUUCAACUGAUCUUUAUGAAAUUUGGUCAGAAUGAUUACCUUGAUGAAAUCUAGGCCGAGUUUGAAAACGGGUCAUCUGGGGUCAAACACUAGGUCACUAGGUUAAAUCAAAGAAAAACCUUGUGUAUGUGAUAGAGGCUGUAUUUUUCAAUUAAUCUUCAUGAAUUAUGGUCAGAAUGAUUACUUUGAUAAAAUUUAGGCAGAGUUCGAACAUGGGUCAUCUUGGGUCAAAAACUAGGUCACUAGGUCAAAUCAAAGGAAAACCUUGUGUAUGCCAUAGAGGCUGUAUUUUUCAAUUGAUUUUCCUGAAAUUAAGUCAGAAUGAUAACCUAAAUAAAAUUUAGGCCGAGUUUGAAAAUGGGUCAUCUGGAGUCAAAAACUAGGUCAAAUCAAAGAAAAACCUUGGAAUUAUGAUAGAGGCUGUAUUUUUAGCUCGACUAUUCGAAGAAUAGGGGAGCUAUCCUACUCGCCCCGGCGUCGCCGUGAGCGUUAGCGUUAGCGUGAGCGUCACACAAAUGUUAAAGUUUGUGUACCACCCCAAAUAUUUUCAAAGUCCAUUGAGAUAUUGCUUUCACAUUUGGCAUACUUGUUUACCAUCAUGACCCCAGUCUGUAAAAAGGAGGAGGCAACUCUGUCAAGCAUUUUGACUGAAUUAUGGCCCCUUUUCGACUAAGAAUAAAUGUUAAAGUUUGCGUACCACCCCAAAUAUUUUCAAAGUCCAUUGAGAUAUUGCUUUGAUAUUUUGCAUACUACAUGUUUACCAUCAUGACCCCAGUCUGUAAAAAGGAGGAGGCAACUUUAUCAAGCAUUUUGACUGAAUUAUGGCCCCUUUUCGACUUAGAAUAUGCUUAUUGUAAUGUUAAAGUUUUACUCAUAGCUUAUAUUAUACUAUCAAUCACUGAGAAUAGUCGAGCGCGCUGUCCACUGACAGCUCUUGUUCAGUUUAUCUUCAUGAAAUUUGGUCAGAAUGAUUGCAUUGAUGAAAUCUAGGUAACAUGCAAAUAUAAGUCAUAUGGGAUGAAAAAGUAGGUCACUAGGUCAAAUCGAAGGAAAACCUUUUGUAUGCAAUAAAGGCUGUAUUUUUCAGUUGAUCUUCCUGAAAUUGCCUUGAUAACAUCUAGAUAGAAUUAGAAUAUGGGGCAUCUGGGGUCAAAAAGUAGGUCACCAGCUAAAAUCAAAGAAAAACCUCUGUAUGCGAUAGAGGCUGCAGAAUGAUAGCCUUGAUUAAAUGUAGGUCAAGUUUGAAUAUGGGUCAUCUGGGUUCAAAAACUAGGUCACUAGGUCAAGUCAAGGAAAAUCCUUGUGUAUGCAAUAGGGGCUGCAUUUUACACUGGAUUUUCAUAAAAUUUAAUCAGAAUAAAAUCAAUAAUUGCCUUGAUGAAGUCUAGGUCAGGUGCGAAUAUGGGUAGUCUCGUAGUGAUUUCCUGAUUGUCGCCGACAAUCAAAUAGGCCAAUCGAAUAAUCGUCGUUAAUUUUUCCAGGUCGGUGACAAUCGAUUGUGUGAGAUGCAAUCGAUUGUCGGGUAAUAAUUGAUCUAUUUUCCAUGUAUUAACUUACUAAACUUGCUGAAUAGGGCUACACGCAUUCAGGACCCGAUUCCGACGACGGGAGUUGUUCCGCCAUUUUACCAAAUUUGUUGGUCAAGGAAGAGCACUCGUUUGUAUUUAAAUACCGGGAACUUGGAUAAUUUUCUGUUUCUGUAAGUUCGGAUAGUAUGUGAAGCAAUUGUUUAUUAACAAGAAAGUGAGAAAAAUCGUGGGAAAAUAUAAUUAUAUUCUUGUUCAAAUGGAUUUGACACACGUCACAAAAGGUAGUUUGACUGAUCGUAAUAUGCUAUCAUUCUGUCAAUUGCGUAUAUGUAACAAUCGUGAAUUUAUUACAAUCAUAAUUUCUCAAAUAAUUAUACAAACAAAUAUUAAUUUCAGUUUCAAUCUUUUUUCACUGCAUAAUCUUUUCAAUCUGCCACGAGGAUAAAACUACACUGAUAUUUCACAAGUCAAAUAAACGUGUCAAACUAUUACACAAACAAAAUUUUCUUACCCUAAAAAUUUAUGAAAGUUAAAACAUCCUAUUAAUCCAAUAACCCUAACUGGCGAAAGAAAGUCAAGAAAUUCAUAAGAUUCUAAUAUUUGCAAUACACAGUGUUACAUCACACCCAGUUGUAACCACUUCUACCUGUCAAUCAAAAUUCUUAAACUUCAAACAGAAUACAGCUUUGAUCUUUGACAUGAAUGAACUGCUGAUGUGAUGCACUAUUCUUUCGAUAUCUCUGUAGGUCACUCGUGGUGUGAUUUAAAAAAGAUAUAGUGGUCUCGUUGGUUUUUACAAGCAGAAAUAUAAUUCCUGGAGAUAAUAUGUGCCAACAGCUAGUGUGUUUUUCUUUUUUUUUUCUCUCUCUCUUUGUUUGUUUGUUUAUAUUACUGUAAAUAUUUUUUGUUUUGUAUGUGUGUACAAACACUUAAUAGAAAUAGGAAAUAAAAGUAUGAAAUAAAGAUCACAAAAUCACUAUUUUUGUUUUGGAAAAAUCUCCUCUUAAAGAUGUUUUUUUUUUAGAUAUUUUGUUGAUUUUGGCUAUUUUCAAGAAUUGUGACCAAUGUAUUUUAUUUUAUAUUUCCAUUUUAAUUAUUAUCCUGAGGAAAUAACAUCAAUACACCAAGGUUGGAGAAAAUUGUUAGUUUGAAACGUGUGACAAUACAAUUUUACAGACAAAUAUUGAUUCUUGUUGUUUUGAAUGUUAUUAUUGUCAUUACAUGUACAUUUUGUAUACAUUUCAACUGAAAUA